GGCGGCGGGCGGGGCGGCGCUCGGGCGGCGGCGGGCGCGAGGCGCCGUGAGGCGGCGGGGCCGGGCCGCGGCAUGUCGGGCUCGGAGUCGGAGUCGGAGCAGGAGCAGUACUCCUCGGCCGAGGAUGACGACUAUGUGCCCUCAGGUGCGGAGUACAGCGAGGACGAUGAGAGCGAGCUGGUGCGGGAGGAGGAGCCGGCGGACAGCCCGCGGCCGCCCCGCGGCAGGAGGAGCCGCCCCGCCAGCAGGAAGAGGAAGAAAGGCGGUCUCUUGCUAGAGGCAGAUGAGAAAGAGGAAGAAAAGACCCAGCAGAACGGAGAGGAGCAGAAAGAGGAGGAAGUGGAUAAUGCAGAGCAAGUAGAAAGAAGCAGAGAAGAAGAAGAAAAAAAGAAAGAGGAUGCUCUUUGGGCCAGUUUCCUCAGUGAUGUAGGACAGAAGCCCAAAGCUGCGGGUGCCACACAAGGGACACAAAUCAAGAAGACUGAAGAAGAGAACAGUGGGAAUAAACCUCAGGAGAAGCCAAAAGAUUCAGGAAAAGUGACAAUCACCAAAACGUUCGAUUUUGCUGGUGAGGAAAUCAAGGUGACUAAAGAAGUAGACUCAAACUCAAAAGAAGCUAAAUCUUUUCUGAAGCAGCAAGAGAAACUGCAGUCAGCAGCUCCGGCUUCCUUGCCGACAGUCUCGGGGGUGAAGAGGCCAAGCGGUAUGAGUAGCCUCCUGGGGAAGAUUGGUGCCAAAAAGCAGAAGAUGAGCACACUGGAGAAAUCUAAACUGGACUGGGAGAACUUCAAGGAGGAGGAGGGGAUUGUGGAGGAGCUGGCAAUCCAUAACCGAGGGAAAGAUGGGUACAUCGAGAGGAAAGCAUUCCUGGAGCGUGUGGAUCACAGGCAGUUCGAAAUCGAGCGUGACAUCAGACUGAGCAGGAUGAAGCCCUGACGUGCUGGGGGUGGCCGGGGGGAUUUUGCUCCCUUCUGUGCCCCAGGGCUGGCUGGGGGCUGCCGGCCACCGACAACCACCAAGCACGGAAACUGUUCUCUACCCAAGACUCAGCCUGUAUGUCUCAACGUACAGGGUUUUCCUUUUACUGUAAUAGUUUGGGGAGGGUAUUUGUCAAUGGACAGGAGGCACUUUGAGGGUUAAAUGGUCCAGCAGCUGAUAGAAGACACUGCUGUAAUUCUGGCAACAACUUUUCAAGGAGAAGAGGUGGUGACACCCAUCCUUUACCAAUCCCAGGUGCUUCUGGCAGCAGGAGGAGCUGCCAAGGCUGGGAGAGUACUGGCAUGUUUAGCGGUGAGAGUGGAGCUGCAGAAAGGUUUCAUGGCUGCUGUGCAUAUGCGAGCUGUGGGCUGGAGCCCUUCUGCCUGCUCUGCCAGCCCCGCAGCACUCCCUGUCCCUCCGCCCUCUGCUCCUGUCCAGACAAAGCCAAACUGUCUGUACUUGUUUGUGGGGUCUGAUGAUGCUGGGGGGGGUUUAAGCAAGCUGGUGAAGAAAUCCUUCCUUGUUCACGCUGUCAAGAAGAUGGGAGCAGCUGCAGCAGGCAGGAAGGGCCAGGAUGAGUGUUCACGUGAAUAAAGUACUCCAUCCCAACA